AUGACGUUCAACAUCACAAUCGCUCCCAGUCAACACGACUCGGACGACUCUUCCUUCACAGACGAAGAGGACUCCUCGGGAGUUCAGGUUUCGCCACCUUCUGAAGCAGAAAGCCAUGGGUAUCAUGAUCUAUAUGAUGAAUGGACGAAUUUACCUUAUCCCUAUGAACUGAAGCCAUCAGACUCAGCCUCUCGAAACCGAACAUCCUACCGGACUCGAAGUCGUAACCCAAUCCAUCCGCCGUCCACAUCUACAAGCCGCCGACGCUCAGCGAGGCAUCAGAUCGUUCCAGAACGAGAGUCCUUUCACCGCCGAUCCCGUCGUCACCAUUCGCCUGAUUCACCAGAAAGCAUGGACUCGGCCGAGGAAUAUGGUGACUUGUAUCGCCGUAGGUCUCAGGAGCGGUAUAGAUCCCAGGAACGGUAUUGGCCAUCACUCGCGCAAGGCUCAGGCCAUGCGCACAGCCCUUCGCCUGGGCCAUCAUAUGUUUAUCCGAAUAGUGCGGUGCCACAUGCUCCAUUCGUACCCCCAACUGGUCAACACCCUCCAUCAGACCAGUUGAUUAGAGUUGGAGCUCAUAGCCAGGUUGCGCCCUCGAAUCAGUACGGCCAUCCAUUUUACGGGUACAAUCAUCCCAUGCAACAACCUCACGGCAUGCCUCCAUUAUACAUGCAUGAGCACGGACAUGCGGUAGCAGCAGGGCCACUUCGAAGCGACGGUCACAAUCUAGCUCAACAUCCUUUUCCACCUCAUGGUCCCUCGCAUGGUGCCCCCCCAUAUGGCGGACCUCAAAUGAAUCAUCAUGACCUGGUUACGUACGGUGCAGGGGGAUUUUACCCCUUCCGGGAACCCUACGCUAUGGUUCCCGGAAUGAUGCCUCCCUACUUCAAUCCUUAUGCCAGCGCACCAUCGCCUCCCAGCCAAGCUGAAUCCGCUGCAGCGCCAGUCUCCCCAGAGCCUACGCCCGCUCCCGCGCCCGCUCCCGCGCCCGUAGAUCCUGCAAAGGAUGAGGCGAUAGCCAGGCUUGAAAAAUUGAUAUUGGAUGAGAGAACGGAACGCGAAGCCCGCGAUGCGCGUGAAGCUGCGGCGAAGGCUGCCGCGGAUGCUGAGGCGGCUGCGGAGGCUGAGAAGAAACAACGUGCUGCUCACGAGAAGAAGCUCGUCGAGGAGGCUGCUGCUCUUGCUAAAGCGGAGGCUGAGAAAAAAGCUGCCGAAGAGGCAGCUAAGGCAAAGAAAGAGGCAGAAGAGGCGGCGGCGAAAGCUGCUGACGCAGCAGCUGCCGAAGCCACUGAGAAGGCGACCGCGGACGUACAAGAGAAAAUUGCGGCUGCAGUGGCAGCCAGUAAACCUCCAGACAAGAAACCACCCAUCAAGUUCAAGGACGCUCUGGGUAGGAAAUUCAAUUUUCCCUUUGAUCUGUGCCGCACCUGGAAGGGCAUGGAGGAACUCAUCAAACAAGCUUUUCUUCACAUUGAGGUGAUAGGACCUCAUGUUGCAGAAGGACAUUAUGAUUUAAUUGGUCCCAAUGGCGACAUCAUACUCCCACAAGUAUGGGAGACUGUCCUCGAGCCCGACUGGACCAUCACUAUGCAUAUGUGGCCAAUACCGGAAAAACCUAAAGAGGAGCCAGCUCCGCCUGCUGGUGGCGGCACCUCUGAAGGUAGCGCAGCCCCGCCGAGCGAUGCCGCACCUGCUGAGCCGGCAAAGAAAUCAGGCGCCAAGAAAGCACGGCCAAAACCCGGCGAUCCCAGCCCAUUUGCUGUGUGGAUGGUUGGAGGCCCAGCGCGGUUUAAGAAGCAGGCUUUAAAAGCGGGAAAAAAGCCUAAAGCGGCCGACCACGCUGUAUUGCGUGUUGUCUGAUAGGGUCCAGCUCCUUCAAUAUAUCAUCUUGAGCUUUCCUUAAUCAGGUUUGUCUGCUUUAGACGGGCAUGACUUUUCCUCUCGUUGAAACGGGAUUGGUUUCUCAUGCCUGGCGAUGCAUCCUUCUUUUACAGGGAGUUUCUAUUAGGGAGUAUCAAAACAAGAACUUUCAUACUUCGGAGUUGGAGAAGUAUUUUGAGGGUGCAACUAUCCUGCUGAUAUACCCAUAGAUCGUUGGAAGCGAGUUCCUCUUGCAAAGCGCGCGUUUGUAUAUGUAUAUAUAUAUAUAUGUUUUCUUUAUAUUCAGCUCAAGCCGGUUUCAGGCUACGAUCCUGAUAUUAUGUUUUGCAACUCAUCCUUCUUUGAACAUUAGACGGGCAGUGUUCCUAUUAUUUACCACGUGAGUUCUGGAACUGCAUUUGAACUUCAAAUCAUAAGAAUAUCAACUGCGUCAACGUGUUUCAUCGAAGGAGAGGCUGCCAAUUGAACUCCACAUUGACAUCAUCAUCUAGUAGUGCUGUCGGUAACGAUGACCCUGAGGCAAUCGGAAGUGUGGCAUCGCCGCAUGCACUGGCGGAUUGGCGCGGCAAUGGUGUUGAUUGAUUCAAAGCGAGCGAGCUGGGCUUCGCAGGUAUCGGCGGCGAAUAAGCUUUUUGAUGCUCUUCUGCUUUUAGGGGCUU